AUUCCAUGUCUGCGGUUGAAUUGAACUGUUCCGGCUGACUCGCUACGAUAUCUUUUUUUCCCACUCUCUUGUCACCACGUAAAUAAUAUUAUAUUUUGUGCUAAUUGAAAAUCAUCACAAAUUAAACUAAACGAAAUCUGUGUAAAAAAACUGAUUAUGUGUGGAAAGAUACGGCAAUGAGUGAAGUGAAACAAUGAUCCUGCUCAAGGAUAAUCCUCGAACGCAUUAAAUGGGAUUACUAUACCUCAAAAAUUGGAUUACCUAAGCUGUAAGAAAAAGCAUGGAACUGCACUUGCUGCUGCCGCUGAUCGUCUGCCUUUAUAGUCUGAGGGCCCUGCCCCUGCCGGCUUCCGGAUUCGUCAUUCAGGAUGAGCGGAAGUGUAAGUACGCGCGGAUCGAGAAACUGCUUCGCAUCCGCUGCUACGACAUGGACCUCAAAGAGGUACCCCAGAACCUAAAGACUUCGGUGGAGAUUCUGGAUCUAUCGUACAAUCGCAUUAAGAAGCUGAAAAGUGGCUCGUUCCAGAGGUACACAGACAUCAGGUUUCUGAUGCUCUAUGAGAAUAUGAUCUUAUCGGUGGAGCCGGGCACCUUCGAGCCGCUCACCUCGCUCCAGGAAGUGGAUCUCUCAAAUAAUGGACUCACUACGAUUCCCAUGGAGCUGUUCACACUGCCCAAGCUGAGAAAUCUUUAUAUAGACAGCAACGAACUGACACAUCUGGGUCUGGAGACGCUGCAGAAGCCCAUCACUGCUCCCCUGGAGUAUCUAAACGUGGCCAAUUGUGAGCUGCAAGACCUCCCCGAUCUGGGCGUACUGCCAAAACUUUGACAGCUCAACGCCUCCAUGAAUCCUUUGACCAACUUCAAAAUCGACGGCCUGGCCAACAUGUGCCAUCUGCGGGUCAUAGAUCUGGCCAAGACGCAGCUCAGUCCGUGUAGCUGCCAGCAAGUCACCAAUCACAUCAUGAUGCUCGGCGCCAAUCCAAAGUUCGUCCCCGUUUGCAUGGAGGCUCUCAGCAUAGACGCGUGUCCACUGCCCUACAAUCGGACGAUACACUCGGAGACAUUCCGCAGUUGCCUGUCGACUGUGGACCUGGCCGUGUCGCGUAGCCUGUGGCUCUUUGCGGCCGGCUGCUUUGGCGGCGUCUGUUUUGUGCUACUGAUUGUUAUCUGGUGCGUGAGCAGGUGCCGCAAAAAACGGGCCAAGCGACGGAGGAGCCAGGCCCAAAAGCGAAAGCCUUUCGUGAUCUCGCCCAGAAAUGCCACUAACCGUCAGCCGGAGGUUGACUGUGAUACUGCCAGACCCUAGCACAAUAGUUCAUUAGUUAGUUAGCUAGUUUUAGUGGCCAGUUAUUUAUUACACCUAGCCUUUAGGGUAGUUAUAGUACCGUAGAAAACAGACUUCUCAUCGAAUUGCCAUGAAGCGAAAAACCAAAAUCACCAAAACGCAAACCAAAAAUCUGUCCCAGAACAAUAUUUACUCCAAUAACAGAUAUACCAAGACGUACGGGGUUUUAGCGACAUACGGGUCGUCAAAAAUAAAGACUAUUUGAACACCAGACAGAUUUAAACUUCAUGUAAUUGAAAGUGGAAUGAACAGCAACGGACCUAAAUGCCUCCCUGUAAGACUGUGGUUAUAUUGAUGGACAGCUAUCGUGGAGGCAUGAUUCCAUUGUUUGUAGGUGAGAAGCAGGCGUUUCAAUCGGCUUGGGUUGCAAGAGGAUUUUGGUGUUGUUGUUGUUCGGGAUUUUCCGCUCAUCAGCUGUCUUGGAUUUUAAAUGUGCGCGCUCACAAAACAGUGCUGGUAAGUGUUGAAUUCCCUUCCACUUCAACUGGCGGCGAACGCACCCUCCCUCUUCUCAUGCUCGCACACACUCUCACUUAUGCAAACAGUUCUCCCGCCGGCUUUUGCGGUUGCCUUCUGCCUGCCGUCGGCUGCGUCCCCGUUUUCAUCGCUACAUAGCAUUUAUUGCCCACCGCAGCGCCACGGCCGUUUCAUUCUCUCGCCAUAGCUCGCCCCAAACGGAACGCAAACGCUCCCCCUAGUUCGACUCUGACUCGCUCUCGGCCGCCGUGUGAAAGCUUAACGGGCACGCCCCACCCACCCCCGUACAGAAGUAAAAAGGACUCGCCGCCGCGUGUGCUUUAAUUUAACGAAUUUAAA